CAUACCGCGAGCAAGAGAGCACCUCUCCAAAAGCCAUGGCUCGCUCUUCGAAAGAUGACUCCGACUACGACAGCAGCUCCGGCUCCUCCUCCCUCACCGUCCCCCGAACCGGCCGCCGCAGCUGGCUGAGCAGCGGCAACCUGAGCAGUUUCAACAGCAGCCGCCGCACCUCCAUCUCCUCCUCCUCCGCCUCCUCCGCCGCCGACUCCUCCCUCUCCUACUCCUCCUCCCACCACCUCAAGCCCCACAAGUCCAACCACGCCGCCUGGGAGGCCAUGAGCCGCCUCCGGUCAUCCGCCGCUGCCGGCCGCGUCAGUCUCGACCACUUCCGCCUCCUCCGCCGCCUCGGCAGCGGCGACAUCGGCAACGUCUACCUCUGCCAGAUCCGGAACGUCGCCGUGGAGGGGGCGCUGACCUCCCCAGCACCGGAACCAGCACCCCCGCCGUGCUUCUACGCGAUGAAGGUGGUGGACCGGGAGGCGCUAGCCGCGCGGAAGAAGCUGCAGCGAGCCGACAUGGAGAAGGAGAUACUGGGGAUGCUGGACCACCCGUUCCUGCCGACGCUGUACGCCGAGUUCGACGCCAAGCAUUACUCAUGCCUGGUCAUGGAGUUCUGCCCCGGCGGCGACUUGUACGCAGCCCGCCUCCGCCAGCCCGGCAGGCAGUUCAGCCUCUCGACCGCCAAGUUCUAUGCGGCCGAGAUCCUCUUGGCCUUGGAGUACCUCCACAUGAUGGGCAUCAUCUACCGGGACCUCAAGCCCGAGAACGUCCUCGUCCGCGACGACGGCCACAUCAUGCUCUCCGACUUCGACCUCUCCCUCAAGUGCGACGUCGUCCCGAGGCUAAUCAAGCACCACAACCCCGUCACGAUAACCCGAGAGUUCGACGCCACCGACCGCACUCCCUCCUGCACCUCCCCCAUCGCGCCUGUGCUCUCGUGCCUCCUGCCCUCCUCCUCCCGGAGGAGAAGGCCUACCGUCACGACCACGAUCACCCUCCGCCCCGACAAUGACCACGAGGAGGACAAUUGCUACUGCUACGAUGCGGAGCUCGUGGCGGAGCCGGUCGCCGCUCGGUCGAGGUCCUUCGUCGGGACCCACGAGUACCUCGCCCCGGAGGUGAUCUCGGGCCAGGGCCACGGGUCGGCCGUCGACUGGUGGACCCUCGGGGUAUUCCUGUACGAGAUGCUGUACGGGCGGACGCCGUUCAAGGGCGAGAAUAACGAGAAGACCCUCGUCAACAUCCUCAAGGCGCCGCUGACGUUCCCGAGGAUCGGGGUCAGCAGCGCGAGGGAGUACGAGGAGAUGGUCCGGGUGCAGGACCUGAUCGCGAGGCUCCUCGCGAAGAACCCCAAGAAGCGGCUCGGGAGCGCGAGAGGGUCGGCCGAGGUCAAGAGGCACGAGUUCUUCCGGGACGUGAGCUGGGCCCUGAUCCGGACCGUCCGGCCGCCGGAAGUCCCCGGCGACAGCGCGUUCAAGCUCGCGUGCAGGAGCACGGCGAGCUCGCUGCCGAAGCUAAUGAGCAAGAAGGAGAGAGAGGCUCCGUAUCAGAUCCCUCAUCACUUUGAGUAUUUUUAAGUGUACAUAUUUCGAGUGCUGUACCGUUGUUAUUCGAUUAACCUGUCGCUAAACAGCAAAGUUUGAUAGUUAAUAUAGCAUGUAUGACACUAAGAAACAUUCCCAUUUUCUCGUUUUUCAAAAUUUAGGUAUUUCUAACGCUGCGUUUUAUUUAUCA